GUUGCUCCGUGGGUUGAAGCUCCUGGCUGCAAAGCUAAGAGUGGGAAUUCAAAUCCCCAUCGGGUCUCCCAAGGGAGCGAAAAGCCAAGAUCACCCAGAAGCGUAUGCAGUGGAUGAGGUUUCAACAAUGCCACUUGGGCAGCCUUGGGCAAGCUGAAUGGCUCCAGAACACCGUCAAAACAAUGGACAGGGCCUUUCCGUUCUUGGUUCCUUCUCCAGUGUGAUGGAAAAUUCUUCCGUGGCUUCGGCCUCCUCUGAGGCUGGAAGCAAUCGUUCGCAGGAAAUUGAGGAGCUGGAGCGCUUCAUUGACAGCUACGUUUUAGAAUAUCAAGUCCAGGGCCUGUUGACUGACAAGACAGACGGGGAUGGGGAGAGCGAGAUCACGCAGUCCAAUGUCUCACAGUGGACAGCUGACUGCAAUGAACAGGUAGAAGGCCGUGGUUCUGCCUCCAGGGGCAAAGACUUAGGACCUCGUAAUCAAAACCAGGAAGACUGGGAUCAAAGCAGCAGUGGCAGUUCAGGAUCCCGGCCUAGUUCAGGCUCCAGGCGGGGGUCUAUAUCAAGGUCUGGCGGCCGAGGGAGAAGCCACCAGUUCAGGCCUUCGACCAAGAAUGGCAACAAAGAAAGUUCCUUGGACAUGCUGGGCACAGAUAUUUGGGCAGCCAAUACUCUUGAAUCCUUCAGUGGUGCCACUUGGGACCUGCAACCUGAAAAACUUGACUUCACACAGUUCCACAGAAAGCUUCGGAACACCCCCAAGCAGUCAGCCCCACACAUAGACAGAGAAGGGACCGGGAAAGGAAAAUGUGAAGAUGGAGAUGGAAUCAACCUGAAUGACAUAGGGAAGGUCCUCCCAGCCUGGCAGGGUUAUCACCCAUUGCCCCAUGAAGCUGAAAUUGCACACACCAAAAAAUUAUUCAGGAGGAGAAGAAACGACCGGAGGAGACAAAAGGCUCCCGGGGGGAAUAAGUCUCAGCAACACACAGAGCAUCAGCAAGGGACUGCCAAACACAACAGGGAACACCAGAAACCGUCCCAGGGGGGCCAAGCGCCACACGCCUCCGGGCGGCCGGGCCACCAUGGGUACAGCCAGAACCGACGGUGGCACCAUAACCAGAAACACUCGCCCAACGACAAAGAGAUGCACAGAAAUGCCAAAGAGACUGAGAACUUGAAAAUCGAGGACACCUCCGUGUGUACCGUGCAUAUCCCUCUUGACAUGCACCGCAGCAGCGAAAGCACCGACAGGCAGUCCCCCCAGUAUAUUCAGGAGCCAGAAAGCAAACGGAAAGACAGCAUUCACGAACGCAUCAGCGAGAGGCCCAAAAUUAACUUGCUUCAGUCUUCCAAAGAUAGACUACGCAGGAGACUAAAAGAGAAGAUGCCUUGUCUUUCCCUUUUCACGGACCAGGACGAAGUGGCCGUGGAGUCUACCAACCCACAAAAGAACAAAAUGGACAAACUAAUUGAAAUUCUUAACAGCAUGCGGAACAACAGUAGCGGGGUGGACUCCAAGCUCACCAACUUCAUGGAGGAGGCCCAGAACUCCACCAACUCCGAGGAAAUGCUUGGGGAGAUUGUCAAAACCAUUUACCAGAAGGCCGUGACGGACCGCAGCUUUGCCUCCACGGCCGCCAAGCUCUGUGACAAGAUGGCGCUGUUCAUGGUGGAAGGCACCAAGUUCCGGAGCCUGCUUCUCAACAUGCUACAGAAAGAUUUCACCAUGAGGGAAGAACUGCAACAGAGCGACGUGGAGCGCUGGCUCGGCUUCAUCACCUUCCUCUGUGAGGUAUUCGGCACCAUGAGAAGCAGCACCGGGGAGCCCUUCCGAGUCCUAGUCUGCCCCAUUUAUACCUGCCUCAGGGAGUUGUUGCAAUCUCAGGACAUUAAGGAAGAUGCUGUCCUUUGCUGUUCAAUGGAGCUGCAAAGCACCGGCCGGCUACUAGAGGAGCAGCUGCCCGAGCUGAUGACGGAGCUUCUGGCAAUCGCGCGUGACAAGAUGCUGUGCCCCUCGGAGUCCAUGCUGACCCGCUCCCUCCUCCUGGAGGUCAUCGAGCUGCACGCCAACAAUUGGAACCCCCUGACGCCCACCAUCACACAGUACUACAACAAGACAAUCCAGAAAUUGACAGCCUGAGAGGAAGCUGGAAGGAAGGAAGGCAGGGAUGAUAGAGAGUCGAGAGGUAGAAGACACGCACUUUAGCAAAAAAGCAAAAAUGGAAGGAUAAGCAAGAAAGAAAAGACAGAGAGCAAGGUGGGUGGGGAAAUAGGUUUGGAAAGGAACUGAGCUACAGCAAACACAAGAGGGACUGAGAGGCCUUUUAUGGUCAGAUACCUAAGAAGACAAACCCCAGCAUGCUUAAGAAUAUGUUCGUGGGGCGAAGCAUAUUUCUUUUCAGCCAUGUCCUCAAGUGCCGUCGCCAUCCCUUCUCUCCCCUGCUGUGUUUUGUUUUAGGUUCCCCCCCCCCGUCCUUCCCCACCCACCCCACCCCAUUAAACUCAUUGCUCAUUCAGCUCCACAUCCCGCCAGGUCAUUGUUUGGGUUCAGAAAGAACACCGCAGCCCUGAAUAGCAAGUCAGAGAAGCCGGCGGGGAUGGCUUUCAUGACAUUCUCCAGGGUUCACGUUGGCCAACUGGCAGGAGGUGGCCCACGGCAGAUGUCUUGCCGGGUGGACAAAAGCCGACACGUUCCACACCAGACGCUGGUAAUUGAUGGCUUUUGUCAAGCAGACGCACGACCCCGUCUUCUCUCCCCCGCAACCCACUUUCUGCCGCUCCUCUUGUCUUCGAGGUUUUGUCUCCACCAACAUCCCCUUUCUCUCUCUCUUUGCUGCUUCGUACCCUGAAAACCCAUUCCAGAUUAGACAUUCAGAGGGGGAAGUCUAGGUCUCUUUUUUUGCUCUCUUUCUAAAAAAGAAAAGAAACCGCACUGGGUAUUUGGCUUUUACUUUGUCGUUCGGUUAUUCUGUCCACGUAAGUAUUUCUAUCUAUGUUACUGUUGAGGUUUUUGAAGCAAAGCGAACGUGAUGCUCUGAGGUUUGCAGAGGGUUUUGAAGUAAGGAAACAAAAUCCAGGAAAACACUUUGCAAGUAUUAAUGCCAAUAAACAUCUUGCUGGGGGUUCUAAUUAACACCCUAAAUGCAAUCGGAAUAACGAAAGGAUAAUUCCAUACACUGUUGGCUGUUGUGAAAUGCACCAGUGUUAUAUCACUUUGUCACAGUAAACAUGUAACAAGAGAACUUCACACAAGCGUUAAAAUCUUUAAGCAUCCGUGUUUCCAAGAUCCUUGACCUAAUGUGGUCUCUCAGAUACCUAAUGCCUAAGGGUUUUAAGAAAGAAGAGAGGCGCUGGACAGCUCCUAGAAUUUCCUAGGGAAAAAGAACUUUUCCAAGCAAUGACAUGGGUGCAUCCUAACGACAUGUUAUGCAUGUGAUGCACAACACAGUUUCUCACGCAGACACAAAAUGUGGAUGUGCCUUAAUUGUGCAUACAAGUUGUCACGCAAGUGGAGUUGACAAGAGUGUGCCAGUUACUUUCAGAAACCAUCAGUUUGUGGCUGAUUUCAUUGAUGAUUGUGGUGCCAGCUAAAUUAAAAGCAGCCCAGCCUUUUGGAUAAUGUUUUUUGUUACUUAGGCCUUGUAAACACACCCAUAUACAGACCUGUAAUUGUAAUUAAAUAAUGAAGUUGGUCCUGCUGUGUGUGAGCCGGAUGGAAAUGGAGAAUGAAGGCUUGAAAUAGUUCUUUACAUGCCGGAAAUAGAAGGCAUUUCGUAUGUAUGUGGGAUUUCAAGUUUUGACCCGGGGGCAGGAGAAAGAAAGAACUCCUGGCCAGCAAGAUAUUUUGGUCCAAAAAAACUGUUGCUAGUCCUUUCUACAGUAGACCUAUUGACACAGUGGCUGACUUGGAAGUCAACACUUGUGUAAAUUCAUUUGAUUCUGGGAGUUUACUCUGAUUGAGAUUAGCAGCUGAAUUUUGGUUCUUAUAUCUAUGAUUUUUUUUCUAUUCUAUUUAUAUAAAAACAGUGUUAAACUGCAGAGCCUUGGAAGCUGAAAUGAAACAUGUCCCUAGUCUUUUCCAUCACUUUAUGAAAUCUGUUUGUAUUCUUGUUGUAAAAACUACCUAAAAAGGAUAAUUUCUCCAUGUGAAAUGGAGAUGAAAUGGCAUUUAUGGACUGUUUGUAAAAUUCUUAUGUUUUUGUAUACACCUUAUUGGAAG